CAGCCUCGUUCCCGGGCAGUAUAAAGUUUGCUGUCUCCUUUGUUCGCCCUCGUUGCGCAGUAGUUCCAGCUGGUUCUCUCUUCCGUCUUCGCAGCCUUCGGUCCUCCCUCGUGCUGAGCGGCUAGGAAGCGCUUAGUCGGCGAGCUCGUAGGAGCUUGAAACCGUCGUCACCCCUCCGACACUCAUCAGGGGGGAAAAUGGUUGAAGCUGAUCGCCCAGGAAAGCUCUUCAUUGGUGGCCUCAAUACAGAAACAAAUGAGAAAGCCCUUGAAGCAGUAUUUGGCAAAUAUGGACGAAUAGUGGAAGUACUGUUAAUGAAAGAUCGUGAGACCAACAAAUCAAGAGGAUUUGCUUUUGUCACCUUUGAAAGCCCAGCAGAUGCUAAGGAUGCAGCCAGAGACAUGAAUGGAAAGUCUUUAGAUGGAAAAGCCAUCAAGGUAGAACAAGCCACUAAACCAUCAUUUGAAAGUGGUAGACGUGGACCACCUCCACCUCCAAGAAGCAGAGGCCCUCCAAGAGGCCUUAGAGGCGGAAGAGGAGGAAGUGGAGGGACCAGGGGACCUCCAUCACGUGGAGGGCACAUGGAUGAUGGUGGCUAUUCCAUGAAUUUUAACAUGAGUUCUUCCAGGGGACCACUUCCAGUAAAAAGAGGACCACCCCCAAGAAGUGGGGGUCCUCCUCCUAAAAGAUCUGCUCCUUCAGGACCAGUUCGCAGCAGUAGUGGGAUGGGAGGAAGAGCUCCCGUAUCACGUGGAAGAGAUAGUUAUGGAGGCCCACCUCGGAGGGAACCCCUGCCUUCUCGUAGAGAUGUUUAUUUGUCCCCAAGAGAUGAUGGAUAUUCUACUAAAGACAGCUAUUCAAGCAGAGAUUACCCAAGUUCUCGUGAUACAAGAGAUUAUGCACCACCACCAAGAGAUUAUACUUACCGUGAUUAUGGUCAUUCCAGUUCACGUGAUGACUAUCCAUCAAGAGGGUAUAGUGAUAGAGAUGGCUAUGGUCGUGAUCGUGACUAUUCAGAUCAUCCAAGUGGUGGUUCCUACAGGGAUUCAUAUGACAGUUAUGGUAACUCACGUAGUGCUCCACCUACACGAGGGCCCCCGCCAUCUUAUGGUGGAAGCAGUCGCUAUGAUGAUUACAGCAGCUCACGUGACGGAUAUGGUGGAAGUCGAGACAGUUACUCAAGCAGCCGAAGUGAUCUCUACUCAAGUGGUCGUGAUCGGGUUGGCAGACAAGAAAGAGGGCUUCCCCCUUCUAUGGAAAGGGGGUACCCUCCUCCACGUGAUUCCUACAGCAGUUCAAGCCGCGGAGCACCAAGGGGUGGUGGCCGUGGAGGAAGCCGAUCUGAUAGAGGGGGAGGCAGAAGCAGAUAUUAAAAACAAAACUUUGGACCAAAAUCCCUGUUCAAAGAAACAAACAAAAAGUGGAACCUAUUCUGUCAUAACUACCCAAGGACUACUAAAAGAAAAAAUUGUGUUACCUUUUUUAAAUUUCCUGUUAAGUUCCCCUUCCAUAAUUUUUAUGUUCUUGUGAGGAGAAAAGUAAAACAUGUUUAAUCUUAAGGCAUUGCUUUCUUACAAGCAAAUGUUAAAUGUGUUAAGGCUUGACUUGUGUACUAGUGUUGUAAUUUUCGAAGUAAAAGUGUCCCUAAAGGCCACUUUCUACUAUUCCCAAUAAAUGAGGCAAGCAGUUCUAAGAUUUUCUACAGACAUCUAGCCAUCUAAAAUGGAAAGAUGAAUCCCUCUGCCUAUACAAACAAGCUAGCUAUUAGAGGGUGGUCGGGGUAUGCUACUCUUAGGAUAUCAUACUGUCAUCAAAGUGAAAUCUCAAAUGUUCUCAGUAUGAAAAACCUGAGAUCAGAUGCUUAUGUAAAGAAAGUGCUAUUCACCCAGUAAACCCAAAACAAAUGGAUAGUGCUGGCCAUAUUUUGCCUUUCUGACAUUUCCUUGGGAAUCUACAAGAACCUCCCCUUUCCCCCUCCCCAAUAAGACCAUUUAAGUGUGUGUUAAGCAACUACAGAAUACUAAAUAAAAAGUUUGGCCAAAACCAACCAUGAAGCUGCAAACGGUGCUUGCUCUUACUGUUUCAAAUUUUUGCAACUCUGUAGUGUCUCACUUUUAAGGAACAGCUUGAUUGCAAAGGAGAAAAUAGAUAAGCAAUGAAGUUAUCUCCAACUUCUCAAAGGCUUAUGACUUCUAAAAAGUGAAUCUAUCAGCAUUCCACAUCAGAUUUAAAGCAUCAAAUGCCUGUGAAACAGCAAAGAUGGUUGAGGAUUAUGGUCACAGAAUGCUGAUUUAUUCACACUAGAUAAAGCUGACAGCAAGAGAAAUCAAAAACUAAGAGUUGUUGAAGCAGAAGAAUGCUGAUUGUGGAUAAGUCACAACAGUUGCAUAAGCAGUGCUCAUCAUAAUUGGUUUGGUGCAGGCAAUAGAUUUUUUUGCCUUCAAAGGUUCCUGUGGGUCUGAGGAAGGCAUCAUUGUUGGUUAGCACUCUUAACUAGGGAGUGGUAGUCACAUAAAAUAAGUAAUGAUUGACCAGAUGGAGAAAGGGGAGUAAUUAAGGAAAUUAGUAAGUGGAGGUAGUCGGGAAGUUCUUAGAGUUUUUAUGUAGAUUUUAUAGCUUUGGCUUUCAUUUUGUUUAGCUAAAGUCAUAGGAACAACUCUAAUCUAGAACUUCCUAAUUAUCAAUGUCAGAAAGUUAAUUAGAAAAAUGAAAGGCAUAAGUGGUAGCUCUAUCCAGUAAAGUGUCUGAUUUUCAGCAGGUGAAGUUUAUCCAGAAGUGGGACUUAGUCAUAAAAAACUAAAGGGAAGAGUCAAUCUGGAAACCAAAGUAAUUGGAGACAUGGCUAAAAUGAUUGAAAAUACAUUUAAAAACUGGAAACAAAAUUGGGUCAUUUGGCUUUUGUUUAAAUUACUGAUUUUGUAAGCUUACUUUACCCCCACCUCCUGUCUUGGAAACAUAUUGAGGUACAACAUUAUGUUGGAGACUAGAGCCAAGAGUACAGAAUCUCCUGUUCAGAGGAAACAUUUGAAGUGUUGGGUUAGAAGAACCAAGUCAACUUGAGAAUUUUUGCAUAGGAAAAUAGCAAUACUAUCAUGUCCAACAUUUGUGAUUGUGGAAAAUAAUCCAAAAAAAAAAAAAGGUAACCCUCACCUGACAGACUUAGUCACAGACUAUGAGGGUAUUGACCAAACUUAAGUUGCUGUUGCACUUAAAUAACUGUCUUCAAUCCUAUAAUCUAAAUUACUUGGGUUUAUGCUUCUGGCCCCUGAGGUUUUAUUUAGAUAUCUUGAUGAUAGUUUAGAACAUUGAGCAUAGUAAAUAUGAAUGUUAAAUUCAAAUUAAGAAGUAUGCUUAAAUGACCAGACAGCAGUUUGGCAAAUAGUUUGCUGACCCAGCAGACUUAAUUCUGCUCUCAUUGGAAAAGAAUUGGCCUUGAUUCUUCUGGCUUUAUACUGAUUGUAAAAGAAGCAGAAUGAUAGUGUGUUCCUUGUUUAGUUGAAUAUAAAACGUAGGUAUUAUAGAUCACUUUCCUCUUUUUGGAAUGUUUUGUAUUUGAAGCUUAAUAAAACUUAAUAAUGC